CCCAAACAUAAAAAUAAAAGUCAAAUAUCAUAUCUCACUCACAUCACACGCGUAGUGAGAGAUAUAACUCAAAACCCUAAAUCGCUUUUUUUCACACUGCCGGUGUUUCUCUUCGACAAAGGUUUCGCAUCGCAGCCCAUCAUAUCUGCUUCAGUCAAGGCUGUCCAGUCUUCACAUGGAAUGAUAGCUUACCUGAUUUCCUUGUGUCAGAGGAGUUAGAGCAUUCUGGCUUUUGAGAACUUGGAAAUUUAGAGAGUGACCUCGCACUCACCGGUUUUUAUCACCAUGAUUGCCACAGAGAUUAUUGCACCAGCUACAAAGUUGAAGAUCAAGUUCUCCACCAAAAGGAUAGAAGUUGUUUCUGGGCCAAAAUGUCAGUUUGGAGAGAAAGUGUCUCAACUUGAUGAAAAUGGACGUUGUAAUCCUAUCAAAAAGUCCUCUUUGCUAGGUUCAAAUAAAAGGGAACCAUCAGGGAAUAUUGAGGGUCCAAAGAAUAAAAGGCAGAAGCUUGAUCGGAAAGGGUCGCACAAGUGUGCUACAAUCCUCAAAUGCUUAAUAUCUCAUCCUUAUAGCUGGGUGUUUAAGACGCCAGUGGAUCCUGUAGCGCUGAAUAUUCCAGAUUAUUUUACUGUCAUAUCUCAUCCCAUGGAUUUAGGCACAAUUAAAUUCAAGUUGGAUAAAAAUAUUUAUUAUAGCAAAGAGGAGUUUGCAGCUGAUGUUAGAUUGACCUUUUCAAAUGCGAUGACAUAUAAUCCUCCAAGCAACGAUGUUCAUUUGAUGGCAAAGGAACUCAACAAAUUAUUUGAAAGAAAAUGGAAAGACAUGGAUAAAAAAUGGAACUUCGAAGAUGAGCAUGAGAAAAGUGAGACUGGAAUGAUUAAAGAAACUGUUAGAAAAAGUUAUGAUGUUACACAAUCCCGGCAUAAAGAUUCCUUUACCAAAAGCUCCCGGGCAUCUGAACACAAAGGAAUUCCCAAGAUUAGUUCAUUGGCAACAAGAGAUGCUAAAGUGGAGGUACCUAAGUUAUCACAGAUUCCUUGCAAACCACUUGAGAAGGACUUGAUUAAAGGAUCUGAAGAUAGGGAGACAACUACGUGCGGUGCUUCUGCUUUGAAACAGGACUGCCAGGCUAAAUGUACAUCACCUUUGCAGAGGAAAUCUGAUCCCGGUUCUGAUGGGGCUGUAAGUUCUUUAGAUAGUGAACACGCAUGUCCUAGUUCUCCGCAUGCAACUCUUGCUACUGACGCCUCUUCUGUUGAAGUGUGGAACACACCUGUUCUUCCUGUCCAGCUUUCACCUAAAAGGGCUCUUCGUUAUGCAAUGCUCAGAAGCCGCUUUGCGGGUACCAUAUUAAAAGCACAGCAGAACACUCUUCUCAAACAUGGCGAUAAAGGAGAUCCUAUGAAAAUGCAGCUUGAAAAGGAAAGAUUGGAAAGGAUACAACGCGAAGAGCAAGCAAGGAUCGAAGCCCAAAUUAAAGCUGCUGAAGCUGCUGAAAGAACGAGGGCAGAGGAAGAAUUGAGGCAACAAAUUGAAAAGGAAAGAGAAGCUGCACGAGCUGCAAUAGAACAGAUGAAGAGAUCUGUUGACAUUGAACAUAAUUUGGAGGUUGUGAAAGAACUGGAGAGUUUGAGUGGGUGUAGGCUGUCUUACAAGGCCAUGGGCAGUAGAAAUGAUAACAGAGCUGCAAUGGAGAGGUUGGAUAAACUUCAGUUCGAGAACCCGUUGGAGCGACUUGGUUUGUUUAUCAAGGAUGAUUAUAUCGCAGAUGAAGAUGAGGAGAUUCUGAACGAAGUUGGAGGAGGAGGAGUAGUAGGAGGAAGCUGGGAAGAAGGGGAAAUUUUUUGAUACCUUUGAUCUGCCAGUAUUGACUGUUUAUAUCCUUUAGACAGGAAACGUACAAUAAUUAUAUAUGCAUAUUGCUGUAGAAUCAGGUCUUUGAUCAUGUGUGCCCUAUUGUUGGAACAUAAAGAAGUCCUGUUGGUAUCUACUUGGAGGAAUCCUCCGGCAAACUUAGAAAAACACUGUUAGACUUAGAAUUGUAUGUGAUAUAAAAAUGAUCAGAUUAUGCUAAAAACCAGAAGUAUUGAUCAGUUUUGUCUUAAAUA